CUCAGUCGAAGGGAGGAGGAGGAAGAAGGAGAAGAGGUGGGGGGAAAAAACAAGCUGAAACCUUUCCUCUUUUAAAACUCAUCCAUUCAAUUCGCCUCCAGUUUCCUUCCCGCUCCCUCCAAGGUUGUUGUCAGUUAGAUUCGGUUCCGUUAAAUUAAAAAAAAAAUUUGCUUGACAACCUGAAGUCCAUGAAAACGACAGGUUGAAGGAAACAGUGGACGAUGUCUUAAUCUGCAAGAACAAGGCACGUAGGAUCUGUGCUGCAGCUGAAUACUGAGGCUGGAUUAUUGCCAAUAAUCCCCUGUCAAGGUUUUAAACCGGGUUACAAUGGGAACUGCUGAAGAUGAGUUGAUUGGGAUCCCCUUCCCAGAGCACAGCAGCGAGCUCCUGAACAGCCUCAACGAGCAAAGGCACAAGGGGGUGCUUUGCGACGUCACCAUUGUCACUCAGGGACUGGAAUACCGGACCCACCGAGCUGUCCUGGCCGCCUGCAGCCAGUACUUCAGGAAGCUCUUCACCUCCCGGUCGUUCAGCGGCCAGCACAAUGUCUGCGAGCUGGAUUUUGUCAGGCCCGAGGUGUUGGCCGCCCUCCUGGAGUUUGCCUACACAGCCACCCUCACCAUCAGCAACUCCAACAUGAGGGAGGUGCUGCAGGCUGCCCGCCUCCUGGAGAUCCAGUGCGUCACCGACGCCUGCAUCGACAUCCUGCAGAGCAGCGGCGCGUCAGACAAGCCAGAGCCGGCUGCGGCCGAUGACCUGACCGGCUACGCGAAAGCCAAGCAGUACCUGGACGGCUUCACGGAGGAGAUCACGGCGAGCUCCAUCGAUGUCAUCCAGAUGCUGGACGUCCCAAAGUUCCGGCAUCGCAAGAGGCCAAAGAAGCCCCCCCGGGUCUCCCUGAACAACCGCAGGAACUUGUACCGCAUUGUCCAGCCCCUGAGGACCUCCAUGAACAACGUCAUCUCGGCACAACCGGCGGAGCAGCCGCAAGACGACUCUCCCGUCCACCUGGAAGACCAGUAUUCGGGGACGCUGAGCGAUCAGAGGAGCGGCUGCGAGGAGAGGCAGGAGGAGUACAAGGACUUCAGCAAGAAGACCGAGGGGUUCGACUACCGGCCACUGUCGCCGGCCGCCGCCGAGCUCCACACCGACGAGGAGAGUGCCGAGCCGGACCCAGCCACCUACCUGAGCUCGCUCAGCAACGGCAUCCUCAGCAACAGCCUGGCGUUGCCCGACAAGCUGGUGCGGCGGAGAAAGUCGCAGAUGCCCCAGGAGUGCCCCAUCUGCCACAAGGUCAUCCACGGGAAGCUGAGGACAAAAUAUUGCAUGGAGAAAACUGCAGCUGUGGUCCUGGCAACAGCUGGCAUUUUGCUCUGUUUAAAAAACAUCCCUUUCUACUUUACAACUGAUCCUGGCGAGGUCAUCAAUCAUGCACUUUGGAACAGAGCCGGGCCAGCGGCUUCGUUGGUCGCCAUCUUGGUGAAGGAGGCGGGGGCUUCCUUCUCGGUGACAGGCCCGGGUUACCUGGGCAACCGCCUGGACGAUGCCAUCUUGGCCAUUCACCUGCUCCUCCUGUUGGAAGGCAUUCCACACAAAGCAGAAAUGCUGACUCGCCAGCAAACCCGCAAUAGUGAGACGCUGUUCACCUGCUCCGCGUGUGGGAAGAGAUUCAUCUGUUUAUCCAACCUCGUGGCACACCAGCUUGAUCACAUUGACGGGGAGUCUUUUCACUGUGUUGACUGUGGGGACAGCUUUGAACUCUCCGAGGAGCUGGCCCAGCACCAGCGAGUUCACACCGACGAGAAACCGCUCAGUAGCUCCCGCUGCGGAAAGGAGUUGGGUCAGCCCUUCCAUCUCGCAGAGCACCAGCUCCUCCAUACUCACGAGAGACCAUUCGGCUGCUCUCACUGUGGGGAGAGGUUCAGAAAGUCAGUGCACCUCACGGAGCACCAGCGCAUUCACACCAAGGACAGGGUUUUCAGCUGCUCCCAGUGCGAGAAGAGAUUCUCGCAAUUCUCCCACUACGCUGACCACCAACUGUUUCACUCGGGUAAGAGACCUUUUAAGUGCUUAGAAUGUGAGAAGACCUUUAAAAGAAGUAGUGAUCUUCUGAGACACCAGUACACACACACUGGGGAGAGGCCGUUCAUCUGCUCUGUCUGUGGGAAAGGAUUCACCCGUUCGAUCCACCUUCUGACGCACAAGCAAGUUCACACCGGGGAGCAGCUGUUCACCUGCUCCGUGUGCGGGAAAGGAUUCACGCGUUCAAUCCAUCUCCUGAUGCACAAACGCGUUCACACAGGGGAGAGACCGUUCAUCUGCUCUGUAUGUGGGAAGGGUUUCACUCGCCCAUCUGACCUUCUGACACACAAACGCGUUCACACGGGGGAGAGACCGUUCACCUGCUCUGUGUGCGGGAAGAGAUUCACCCAGUCGUCCCACCUGCUGACACACCAGCGGGUUCACACCGGGGAGAGGCCGUUCACCUGCUCCAUGUGCGGGAAGAGUUUCCCUCGUUUGUCCCAUCUUUUGAUACACGAGCGUGUUCACAGCGGGGAGAGGCCGUACAUUUGCCCCGACUGUGGGAAGGGAUUUUCUUGUUUACAGCACCUGCUGAAACAUCGGCCCGUUCACACCGGGGAGAGGGCGUUCAGCUGCUCCGUGUGUGGGAAGCGUUUCACUCAGUCAUCCAGCCUCCAGAGACACCAGCGCGCUCACACUGGGGAGAAGCCGUUCACCUGCUCCGUGUGCGGGAAGAGAUUCGCUCAGUCCUCCCAAUACACAGAACACCAACGUGUUCAUUCCGAAAAGAGGCCUUUCAAAUGCUCGGAAUGUGAGAAGACCUUCAAGAGAAGCAAUGACCUGCUGAAGCACCAGCGCAUUCACACGGGGGAGAGACCGUUCCCCUGCCCCGUGUGCGGGAAGAGAUUCACUCAUUCCUCCGAUAUGGUGAGGCACCAGCGCACUCACACUGGGGAGAGGUUGUUCACCUGCUCCGUGUGUGGGAAGAGAUUCAGUGAUUCAUCCCACCUCCUGAGACACCAUCGUGUUCACAGCAGGGAGAGGCCGUUCAGCUGCUCCGUGUGUGAGAAGAGAUUCUCUCAAUCAUCCAGCCUGCUGAGACACCAGCAACUUCACAUGUUAUCAGCAAAGUUGGACUCUGGCGUUGCUGCUAAGAAUCACACCCAGGAUUCAACCUCUUCUCUUUUCUAACGCUAGAUUCUUUCCUGAUGUCGAACAAGGGAACAGUAUGUGCAUGUGAUAGUGACACACCCCUGUGCUCACAGUCAGAUAAAGGCACAGAUAUCCCAGUAGCUGCAGUAUGAACGGGGCCAGUGCACAAAUGUAGUGAACAAGUUAAAUAUAUGCAUUCCAGUGCGGCCACAGCUUGUUAGAUCAGACCUGGGGAGAAUUGGCAAAUGACACAAUCAACACAGAUAAAUGUGAGGUCGUAUAUUUUGACAGGAGGAAUAGAGAAGGUAUGAGUCGAGGUGGGGUAGAGGAAUGGAGGGAAUCUCUAAAUGCACCCGUCACUAACAGUUGCACCACAGGUUAGUAAGGCCAUAAAGAAAAGCAAAUCAAGCACUAGGCUUUAUAUUCUAGAGGGAUAGAAUUGAAAAGUAGGGAGAUGAUGCUAAACCUGUAUCGAAUCUUGGUUAGUCCAGACUUCGAGCAGCGCAUGCAGUUCUGGUUGCCAUUUUAUAAUGGGGUACAGAGACACGGGAGAGGAUGCAGAGAUUUGCAAGGAGGAUACCAGAACUGAGUGGGUAAACAUAUCUGGAAAGGAUUGACAGGCUGGGGCUCUGUUCUUCGAUAAAGAAGGCUGAGGGGGGGAGGGGUGACCUGACCGACAUCUUUAAAAUGAUGAACGGUUUCGAUAGGGUGGAUGCAGAGGGAAUGUUUCAUCUUGUGGGGAAGAGCAGAACUAGAGGCCAUCAAUAUAAGUGAAAUAGAAAAUUCAGGAGACCUCUUUGCCCCAGAGAGCGAUGAGAAUGUGAAACUUGCUCCCACAGUUAAAGUGAAUAGCAUAGAUGUAUGUAAGGGGAAGCUAGACAAGUGUUUGAGGGAGAAGGGUUCCGAUGGUAGAUUUAGACGAGAAAAGUUGGGAGGAGGCUUAAAUGGAGCAUAAACACUGGUGUGGAGUGGAUGGGAUGAAUGUCUUGCUUCUGUUGUAUAUCCUAUGUAAUCGAGUUCUGAAACCACUAUUAUUUCUGGUUGCGUCUGGAAGCAGCAUGACAUCAAACUGAAGACUAAAAUCAAUCUCUUACCAGGCUGCUGUCCGUACCACCCUGCUGUAUGGCACAGAACCCUAGGUCAGUGAUAGGCACCACAUCAAAGCACCGGAGGCACUUCCACCAAAGAUACGUGAGGCCCAUCAUGAGAAUGCAACGGCAGGUUAAAAUCACAAUGAACAAGUUUGCCCAUCAUGCUGGGCUCCACAGCAUGGAGACCAUCCUCCAGGAAACUCAGCUUAGAUGGCCAGGCCAUGUCUGCUGCAUGGAUGACUAUGGAAUCUCCAAGCAGGUCUUCCAAGGGGAACUGCCUCAGGGCAAACAACUUCAAGGUGGUCAGCACAACUGAUACAAGGACAGCCUAAAAAAGUCCCUGACAAAUUCCUGCAUGGCCGACCACUUCACUUGGGAAAGGCACCGUAGCUCGAAGCAAGCACCGAAAUUUGGCCCAGUGUGUUUCGAGGAUCAUCUAUGCCAAACUCACAAUAUCUGAUGUACCUAGAGGAAGGCCAGAGAUUCCACAGCUUUCAUUUAAUUCAUUGGUGGGAUGCGGUCAUCGAUGGCUGGGCCAGCAUUUAUUGUCCAUCCCUGGUUGCCCUUGAG